UGGCCUGGAGGCCUGUGGCGAGAGCGUGGGUCGGGCCGUGUUCUCGGCGCUCCUCCUCCCCUGGGUGGCGGCGCAGGCGGAGAGAGACCAGACCCCGGAAGCUGAUCCCGGGAGCGGAAGUGGAGGGUGGCUCCCCAAGCUGUGGAGCGCGGGUGAAGGGCAGCGCGUCCACCGUGCGGCCGGGAUGGGCAUGAGCGAAGAUUUUAAUUUGAUUUGAAAAUGAGUAAGCGCAGAAAAGCACCGGUUCAGCAGCUAACAAGUUCUGAGCCCUUCAGCCCAGAUGUUCUCACUGACAUUUUUGAACUCUUUACCAAAAGCUUUUCUUAUUCUAAGCCACUUGAUGAUGAGUGGCAGUUACCAGAUCCCAUCGAGGUUUUCACUUGUGACCACACAGAAUUUAAUGCAUUUCUUGACUUGAAGAAUUCCCUAAAUGAGGUGAAAAACCUCCUGAGUGAUAAGAAAUUGGACGAGUGGCACCAGCACACCACUUUCACCAAUAAAGCAGGGAAAAUCAUUUCUCAUGUGAAAAAAACUAUGAACGCCGAACUGUGUACUCAAGCCUGGUGCAAAUUCCAUGAGAUUUUGUGCAGCUUCCCACUUAUUCCACAGGAAGCUUUUCAGAAUGGAAAACUGAAUUCUGUACACCUUUGUGAAGCUCCUGGAGCUUUCAUAGCCAGUCUCAACCAUUACUUAAAAUCCCAUCGGUUCCCCUGUGAGUGGACCUGGGUAGCUAAUACUCUGAACCCAUACCAUGAAGCAAACGACAAUCUUACCAUGAUUAUGGAUGACCGACUUAUUGCAAAUACCUUGCACUGCUGGUACUUUGGUCCAGAUAAUACUGGUGAUAUCAUGACCCUGAAAUAUUUGACUGGACUUCAGGAUUUCCUAAGCAGCAUGGCUACCGUUCACUUGGUCACUGCAGAUGGGAGUUUUGAUUGCCAAGGAAACCCAGGUGAACAGGAAGCUUUAGUCUCCUCUUUGCAUUACUGUGAAGUUGUCACUGCUCUGAUCACUCUUGGGAAUGGUGGCUCUUUUGUUCUAAAGAUGUUUACUUUGUUUGAACAUUGUUCUGUUAACCUGCUGUACCUGCUGAAUUGCUCCUUUGACCAAGUCCAUGUUUUCAAACCUGCUACCAGCAAGGCAGGAAACUCGGAGGUCUAUGUGGUGUGCCUCCAUUAUAAGGGAAAGGAGCCCAUUCAUCCUCUGUUAUCCAAGAUGGUGCUGAAUUUUGGGACUGAGAUGACCAGGAAAGCACUCUUUCCCCACCAUGUGAUUCCCAAAUCUUUUCUUAAACAGCAUGAAGAGUGUUGUACAUUCUUUCAUAAAUACCAGUUAGAGACUAUUUCUGAGAACAUUCGUCUGUUUGCGUGCAUGGGAAAAGGGGAACAAGUGAAACUGAAUAACUUAAGGGAUUGUGCUGUGCAGUAUUUCAUGCAGAAACUUCAACUGAAGCCUCUUUCUAGAAAUAACUGGCUUGUUAAAAAAUCUAACAUUGGUUGUAGUACAAAUACAAAAUGGUUUGGACAGAGGAACAAAUAUUUUAAAACCUAUAAUGAAAGGAAGAUGCUGGAAACUCUUUCAUGGAAAGAUAAAGUAGCCAAAGGAUACUUCAAUAGUUGGGCCGAAGAACAUACUGUCUAUCAUCCUGGGCAAAAUUCUCUGUUAGAAGGAUCAGCUUCGAAUCUCGAGUGUCACUUAUGGCAUAUUUUAGAAGGAAAGAAACUGCCAAAGGUAAAAUGUUCUCCUUUCUGUGAUGGUGAAAUUUUAAAGACUCUUAAUGAAGCAAUCGAAAAGUCCUUAGGGGAAGCUUUGGAUUUGGAUUCCAAGCUUAGGCCAAAGCAGCAAUGCUAUUGUUGCCACGUACUUUCAGAGGAACUGGUAUUUUCCGAGUUGUUUAGCCUUACCCAGUGCCUUCAGGAUGAGCAGGUUGUAGAACCCAGCAACCAGGUAAAGUGCCUGCUUGUGGGUGCACCCACUCUCUGUGAUGUCAGGAUGCAUAUGCCACUGGAAGUCCGACUCCUGGAAUCAGUUGAACUCACGGCUUUCAGCUGUUCAUUGCUUCAUGAUGGAGACCCAGCUUACCAGCGUUUGUUCUUGGACUGCCUUCUACAUUCAUUGCGGCAACUUCAUACGGGAGAUGUCAUGAUUUUGCCCGUACUUUCUUGUUUAACAAGAUUUAUGGCUGGCUUAAUAUUUGUCCUCCACAGUUGUUUCAGGUUCAUCACAUUUUCUUGUCCCACGUCCUCCGAGCCCCUGAGGACCUGUGCUGUCCUGCUGUGUGUUGGUUAUCAGAACCUUCCAAAGCCAGUUCUCCAGUACCUACAGAAUGUGAAUGAGUUGCUGAGCGCCUUGCUCAGCUCUAAUGCCCCCCAGCAGGUUUUGCAGUUUGUGCCGAUGGAGGUGCUCCUUAAGGGGGCACUGCUUGAUUUUUUGUGGGAUCUGAAUGCCGCCAUUGCUAAAAGGCAUUUGCAUUUGAUUAUUCAAGGAGAGAGAAGAAAUGAACAGCCUUGAGUUAUGAAAUUGAAUGUGUCCUUGCUGAGAUUCAGUUUUGUGACUUAAUAGUUUCUGAUUUUAUGGCAUUUGCCUACUCUAUUUAUUUAAUACCUUUUUGUUUUGGAGAAAUGUCAAUUUUUAUAUCAAAGGACAUUACAGAAAAUCAGCUCCUAAUCUGAAGGGUACACAUACUCAUAGUGUUCUUCCUUAUGGUAGGAACCAUGCGGUGGUGGUGGUCAGCCUCUAAUCAUGAGACGUCUGCAUGUGCUUGGGGUGAAAACAGCCAUGCUUGCACAUGCAGUUGAGUUGGUUUUUAUCUGCUGAAGAUUUGCUGUUGUGCCUUCAUUCGGACUUUUCUUUCCCCAAGUAACUCCCCUCCUUGGCUAAUGCUGUUAAUGCUGUUAAUUGGUAGAGGUCAUUCGUGAGAGGAUGCUGGUCACUCCUUGGCAACAGUAUUUACUUGAGAGCAUUUAACGUGUCAUUAUGGAUGUCAGGGAACUUUGUUACCAGAUUUCUUGGUAUGUGCCAUUCAUUGCCUUAGGAUCAGUGGCUCCAUUUUCUUUUGAUUCAAAUGAAACUACUGUGCUCUUGUGUGACCAUUUUACUAUAACCAUCCAACUAAUAACAGGACAGCUUUAAGCCAAAGAUUAUUUUGAAACAAUGAAGAUGUGUGUCUAGUUCUCUUGUAUCAUGAAAACUUCAUUUAGAAAUGUUGUAAUUUUUAACACCCAGGAAACAAUGGAUGGAAAGAUUUCUGAGUUUGAAGGCUUCACAUACCAUCUUUUAUGGGAACAUAGGGUGUGAUGAACGUAGUGAAUACUGAAGGAAAGAAAUGUGACGCUUCUGACACUUACAGAUCUUUAAUCUACACUGAUUUCUUUCAAUAUGAAAACAGCAUUUUACCAAGAUUGUCCAUGAGAUGGCUGUUUAUCAAUUAUAUUUCAUUUCUUUAGAGUUAUAUGUAUUUAAAUGUGUAAUGAGCUCUUCUGGCAAGUGAUUCUUAGUUACCUUGAAGUUCCAUAAAGUAGAUAAUAAUUAUGUCUCACUCAUGAAUUUUUGAGUAUUUUUGUUAUAGGAGCAGUAGAAGCAUUCUGUGAUUUAUUUGGUUAAUAUGAAUUUGAAUUCUUUUCAUGUUCUUUGGUAUUUUUGUAUUCCAUUAUAAUUCAUGAAUAAAGUCUUUAGCAGACUUAUUUUGUGUUCAUCUCCUUAAAAGAGGACCAUGAGGUAAGCCAAAAUAGAACUUGGAGACUUUUUUUUUUACUUGUCAUUUAAAAAAAAAUAUUUAUUUUAUUCUGUGUGUAUGAGUGUAUUGCCUGCAUGUAUGUAAGUGCACCUGUGUUGCACAGUUCCUUUGGAGGUCAGAAGAA